AUGGGUAUGAUGGUAUCACCUAUGGAUGACAUAUGGGUCAUUGGUCAACAUGGUAUUUGCUUAUGGUUUCCAUGGAUGAUAUAUGGGUCAUUGGUCAACAUGGUAGUUGCUUAUGGUGUGAUGGUAUUACCCAUAGAUAACAUAUGGGUCGUUCGUCAACAUGGUGUUUGCUUAUCGUAUCCAUGGAUGACAUACGGGUCAUUGGUCAACAUGGUACUUGCUUAUGGUGUGAUGGUAUUAUGCAUGGAUGACAUCUGGGUCAUUGAUCAACAUGGUAUUUGCUUAUGGUGUCCAUGGAUGACAUACGGGUCAGUGGUUAACAUGGUAGUUGAUUAUGGUGUGAUGGAACAUGCACUUGUCGAAAAAUGCAUAGAGAUGAGAAACCAAAAUAUUCUAUUCAGGAAUGGAUUGAUGAAGUUAUUUUUCUUAGAUGCUGAACAUGAAGGGAAAACGAUGCUUGGAGAAGCAUCUGCAUUGAGACAUUUGGAUUCAACACAUGUCCUGGGAAUGAUGUUGAUGGUUCAAGGAAGACAUAUGAAGGAGGAAGCUUUGGACAUGUUGAACAAUGCUUAUCAUAGAGGAAGAAGUACGUGGAAUGUUAGAGCAACUUGUUCUAAGGUUCAUCUCAGCUUAAAUAGGGAGGGGAAGAAACAUGUCCACUUCAAUGGCUUCCAUAGAUCUUAUGCAUUGCAAAAGUCUGUAAUUAGUGUAUCAUACGCUUUUGUGAAUGGAUACAAAUGCGUGUUUAUGUUGAAAUUUCUUUGUGGGAUGCUUGUUACGCUAGGUUUUCCAGGAGCUUGUUAUAAUUUAUGA